AUGACGGGGAUUUCGAGGGCGAGCACGUCUACGGGAUAUGCGGAGAACGACAAGCGGGUAGGACUGAGAAAGGUCAUCGAUCCUGCUACGGAUCUGCGACCUUCGCUGGAUAGCCAGCCUGGAGAGAGACGAGCGGAUCCCGAUGUGCCAGGGGCGUUUUUGAGCCCUUUAAAAUGUUUGACGACGCAGUUGGCCCAGACGUAUAGCAUCUGUGACCCUUCGUUCCGGUACGAAGCCACUCAUAACCCUCGACGGGUCUUAACCAAGCCCAGUCAACCUUGUCAUAACAACGGGUCAGACAACCAGGACUAUGAUUACAUCCUCUACGUCAAUGAUGUCUUGACGGCCGACAACGGGACAGCUGACCUGACGUUGCAUGAUAGGUAUCUCAUCCUCGAUGUCCUCGGUCAAGGGACUUUUGGUCAGGUCGCCAAGUGUCAGAACAUCAGGACACACGAGAUUGUCGCCGUCAAGGUCGUCAAGAACAAGCCCGCCUAUUUCAAUCAGAGUACGAUGGAAGUCGCGAUACUUCAGCUCCUCAACAGCGAAGCCGAUCCGAAAGACGAGCAUCACAUUCUUCGUAUGCGGGACCAGUUCAUCCAUCACAAGCACUUGUGCAUCGUGUUUGAAUGCCUGUCGUCCAACUUGUACGAACUCAUCAAGCACAACCAGUUCCGCGGACUUAGUUUGCAGCUCGUCAAGAUGUUUACUACGCAAUUGCUGGAUGCCUUGACCGUUUUGAAAGAGGCGCGCUUGAUUCAUUGUGACCUGAAACCUGAAAAUAUCCUUUUGAAGAGUUUGAACUCCCCUCAGAUCAAGGUCAUUGACUUUGGUUCAGCCUGUCACGAAAGACAGACGGUCUACACCUACAUCCAGUCACGUUUCUACCGGUCGCCAGAAGUUCUGCUAGGGCUACCAUACUCGGCCGCUAUCGACAUGUGGUCGCUCGGAUGUAUCGUUGUCGAACUGUUCUUGGGUCUACCCAUCUUCCCGGGGACGAGCGAGUUCAACCAGGUGUCACGAAUUACAGACAUGCUCGGCAAUCCUCCUAUGCAUCUCCUCGAAGUCGGCAAGCAGGUCAACGAGUUCUUCAACGUCGUUGGAUCUGAUGACAUGGGCCGGAAAAAGUAUGCACUCAAGCCUAUGGAGCAAUAUGCUCGGGAACAUCAGACGGAUGAGCAGCCUAGCAAGCAAUACUUCAAGGCCACGAAACUGCCCGAUAUCAUCAAGACUUACACGCUACCAAAAAAGAUCACGACUCAGAGCGAAGUUGACAAGGAGAUGUACAUAAGAACCGUCUUCAUAGACUUCGUACAAGGACUGCUCAAUAUGGAUCCUAUCAAGCGAUGGUCGCCGCAGCAGGCCAAGUUGCACCCGUUCAUUACGGGAGAGCGAUUCACUGGACACUGGGAGCCUACCCAAAAGAGCACAACGACCUCUGCUAAUAGCGCCCGGCAAUCGGCUUCUACGGAGAGUCGAUCUCAACAAAGCAAAUACGCUAACACGGGCGACACAGACAGCUCGAGGGCUACCCGAGGUUACGCCGAUGCCAAUGCAUACAAUCAGUACCAACAGCAGCAGCAGCAGCAACAACAACAACAGCAACAGGAGGCCAAGAACGCUGCUGCCGCGAAUCGGAAACCCUACUUCACCUACGAUGCCAUCACCUCUGCUCUCAAUGCCCCUCCAAGCCAAACCUCACCCUACCAAUCUUCAUCUCAAUCGGCGCCUCGUAUGCCUUCGCAACCUCAAAGUCUUAGCCAGAACCAAAUUCGAGCACACCAGGCGCAACCCCGUAUUCCCUCGAACGGUCACGGCAUGACGGCAAGCAUGUCUGCCGGAAACUAUGGACAGCGACAAACACAGGGUGAUGGACAUCUCAGUAUCAACGUGUCUAACCCUCCUCCCAGCUCGUACUACCCACAAGCAGCUACUCGCAGUCGAGCCAACACGAUCAAUCGUAUGGAUGUCAUACCGCCUGCACUCGCCAGGCUGACCCACUUGGGCGCCGCCGAUCCGGCUGGUACAAGGUCGGCCUUGACGCCGGUCCUGAAUCGAGACGACGCCAUCAGGGAGUGGGAACGGCGCAACACGGCGCAGCUGGGACACGCCAAGCGAGCGUCGAUCGCUGUCGGCAACCCCCAACUGGAUUUCCUGCAGGAACAGGCUGAAAUGAUGGGACAGGCAUGGCAGAGUCAAUAUGGCAAUAGUGCAGCGAUGCAAGCCUAUCGUAUGCAACCCCCACCCCCAGUCCUGGAAGCAUCUGGCCGGCCCUCGCAACAUCGAUCAGGCCUGUCGACCGAUUUUGGAAUGAUGGAACCGCCGAGCUCGACGAGCGCCUCUUCUCCACGGACCUAUGGAGGUGCCGGAGGUUCAGGUUCGAACAGCGCUUACCUACCAGCCUUUCCUCCUCCUGCCGCAUCCGCCUUUGAUUCGUACGACCCGCGAGGAGACGCCAUGGCCAUGAUGUAUACACCGCUGCAGGCAAAUGCGGCUGGGUAUCAUAAAGCCUCGGGUUCGGUCAGCCAGCAGAACCCGUUUGCAACUGCGCCCAAUUCGCCUCAAUACGGAUCAUACAUGAAUACCCCGUAUAGCCCGCGGCAGGCCAGGAAGCGAAGCGCAGGCGAUGGCAAUGGGACGGGGUACGGAGGGGCAUAG